AUGGACCAGCAAACUUCAUCUUUUAUCAAUGACAAACUAUUUACUGAGGUGAAGCCCGUACUUUUCACAGAUCUAAUACAUCAUUUGAAAGUUGGCCCAUCCAUGGCAAAGAAAUUGAUGUUCGGAUACUACAAACGUACCACCAAUGCUAAAUUCAACUGUGUAGUAAUGUGCUGCUAUAAAGAUCAAACCAUCAAGAUCAUACAUGAUGUCACCAUUAUUCCAGACCAAGAUUUAAUAGUCGAUUGCUUCAUUUAUGCUUUCAAUCCAAUGGAUACUUUCAUACCGUACUACGAUAUCAUCGAUCAAAAGGGUUGUCUGACCAUUAAGAAUCCGUAUGAACUCACGGUUUCUGAAUCAUCGAGGGCUGUAGAGAGGACUAAGACCUUGGAAGAGAAACCUAAACAGUUGGUUAGGCCCACAGUAAGAUCAAAAACCACACCAGAAGAAUCUGCUAGUAAGAAAUCCAAAUCUAAAGACAUGGGCCUCAGGUCCACUGCUCUACUGGCUAGGAUGAAGAAGGAUAGAGACGAUAAAGAAGCCUCGAGACAAAACGAACUACGUAAGAGAAAAGAGGAGAACAUGCAGAAGAUAAACAAAAAAAACCCAGAAAGAGUAGCUCAAAUGGAGCAAUUAAACAACCUAUUUGUAGAAGACGACUUAGAAGAUGAAGAGCUGGACGAGAACACACGACCCAAAUCGCCUGAAAAAGCUGCUGUCAAUGACAACGAUAAGAAUAGUAAUGAUUUAGAAGACCUGUUAGAAACAACAGCAGAAGAUUCGCUCAUGGAAGUGCCUAAAGCAAAGCAAACAGAAUGCUCAGUAAUAGAGAUACCAAAAGAGCCUAAACUUGAAGAAGAGUCCUCUUCGUUUAUUGACGAGGACGGCUAUAUAGUCACAAAGAGACCAGCCACUUCUACCCCACCAAGGAAGUCAUCUCCAGUGGCGAAAAGAGCCUUAUCUUCUAAACAACAAGAAACACCAUCAACAAGUAAAAGAUCAAAAAAGCAAGGUACUUUAGAAAGCUUUUUUAAGAGAAAAUCCAAAUGA